UCCGUUUCAAACAGACGGCGGCUGUGUUUGUUGUGUUUAGCUCGACGUUAGUUAGCGCACAAAAGAGAAAAUCCUUCAGUUUCAACGGCUAAUGUUCCCAAAAUAACCAGCAGGAUGAUGGAUUCAUUCCUGAGCAACAAGUCUGACAAACGGGAGCAGGUAGAGGUCGACGAUUUAAAGAGAGAUCUGUCAUCGGAGUUCACCAUUUUACCAGACUCACAGCAUUCCUGCAUCGAAGAGAGAGAACACCUUCAGGUCUACCUCCGAAUCCGACCUUUCACCUCAGCAGAGAGCAACAAUGGAGAGUCCCAGGAUUGUGUGGCCAUUCAGUCUCCCGACACAGUUCUGCUGAAACCUCCCAAUUUGUCUCUGUCAGCUAGACUCAGCACCGACAGAUCACUUCCACAGACUGGCCAGCGCUUCCAGUUCUCUCAGGUGUACGGUCCUGAGACGAGACAGAGGGAGCUGUUCGAAGGCACGGUGAAAGAUUUGGUUAAAGAUGUUCUCGAAGGAGGAAACUCUCUGGUUUUCACGUACGGAGUCACUAACGCGGGGAAGACCUUCACAUUCUUAGGUCCAGAUGCCGAUGCCGGUAUCCUACCCAGGACUCUGGAUGUAAUCUUCAGCAGUAUUGAUGAGCAGGUUUUCCCUGAAAUGAGCCUCAAACCUCACCGCUGCCGAGAGUUCACAAGACUCACCAGGGAGCAGCAGAAUGAGGAAGCAUUAUUCAAGAGAAAUCUCUUCAGGCAACUUAAAGAGAGCGAGAAGAGCACCAUCAGCCUGUUGAACUCGACCAAUAGGACAUUCCUUGAAGGCUCUUCCAUGUUGGGCACAACCAUAACAGCAGAGGAUAAAAUUAGCCUGGAGGUGGAAGCAAACACCAAGUUCUCCAUUUGGGUUUCUUUCUGUGAAAUCUACAAUGAGAACAUUCACGACCUCCUGGAGGUGGUACCCAGCAGCGCCCCGAGAAGAACCGCACUGCGCCUGUCGCAGGACGUCAAGGGAAACGCCUUCGUCAAAGAUCUGCGUUGGGUUCAGGUUAAUAGUGCAGAAGAGGCUUACAGGGUGAUGAAGUUGGGCAAGAAGAACCAGAGCUUCUCCUCAACUCGACUCAAUCAUUUCUCCAGCAGAAGUCACAGUAUUUUCUCCAUUCGAAUUUUGAGGAUUGAGGAUAUCGGGACUCCGAGGGUUCAAACAGUCAGCGAGUUGUGUCUCUGUGACCUGGCUGGCUCUGAACGUUGUGCCAAAACCCAGAAUAAAGGAGAACGUCUGAAAGAAGCUGGAAACAUCAACACCUCACUGCUUAUUCUGGGGAAAUGCAUCAAUGCACUGCGACACAAUCAGCAGGCCAAGCUGCUCCAACACGUCCCCUUCAGGGAAAGCAAGCUGACCCACUACCUGCAGGGCUUCUUCUGCGGUCGAGGUAAAGCCUGUAUGAUCGUCAACAUCAGCCAGUGUGCCUCCAUGUACGACGAGACGCUCAACGUCCUCAAGUUCUCCGCUGUGGCACAGAAGGUUGUAGUUCUGUCUUCCAGGCCUCUUCCCAUCAUGCCACAGCGGUCGACCAGUGGCGUGUCCUUCAUCAACAACGCUGAAAGAAAGACUCUUCGGAGCAGCAGGAGGAGCUCCCUGAUUGGCUGGGAGAGCAGCCUGGAGGAUGUACAGGAGGAUGAGAAUGAUGAGAGCCUGAUGGACGACAUCAUGGAUCAAACUGGCAACGAAGAAGACAGCGAUGAAAACGACGAUAAAAUUGUAAUCUGUAAAAAGACGCAUCAGAGGCAGACGGCGCUUUUGAAGCAGCUGCAGGUUCAGCUGAAGAAAGAGCGAGCAGAGACUCUGCUGAUGGAGGCUCGAGUCAGGGAGGAAAUCAGCAGAGAGUUUUCAGAGCUUUUCUCUGAGAUGCAGAGUGACUAUGAUGACCGCUUGGUGAGGGAGAGAGAAAUCCUGGAGGAGCAAGCUGAAAGGAGGCUGGAGAUCUUCAAAAAUCUAACGGACAAAAUGGCCAAAGCUGGACCCAGCCAAGAUGCACAAGCCAUGGACAAAUUUCUGGACUCAUAUUCCUCUGAAUUGGUGGGCAUGAAGAACUCCACUGAGGCUGCUCAUAUGUGUCAAGGUUCAGGUCGAGCAGGAGCUCAGGCAGAUAAAAAUGACACUAUAGAGGAGCUGGAGGUGGACGAGCAGCAGCCUCACAAGCAACACGGUGAAGCUCAUGGGGACGAGGAGAAAACUAGACUUCUCUCGCAGCUCGAGGAGAAGUCAUCAGAAGUCGUUCGACUGGAGAAACAAGUGAAAGACCUGCAGAAGACGGCAGAGCUCGGCUCUUUGCUGGUCAAAGAGAGGAGCUCACGUCAGAAAGAGCAGCUGCAGGAGGCUUUAACUGCCCUCGAAAAGGAGAAGAAAGCCAGAGAAGACGCCCUCGCCGCUCUGCAGUACCAAACUAUAGGUAAAGAGGAGGCAUUGGCAUCCUUGGAAGAGGAGAGAAAAGCAAGAGAGGAAGCCACUGUUGCACUAAAAGAGCUAAAGCAAAGGAUAAAGGAUUUGCAAGCAUCUCUAGAAGAAGAGAGAAAUGGAAAAGAGAGCGCCACGGCAGCAUUGGAGACUGAGAAAAGAGCCAAGGAGGAUGCUGUAACAGCACUCGCAGAGGAGAAGCAAAGCAGAGAGGAUGCAGUUGCUGCACUUGGCAAAGAAACGAGUGGAAAAGAGGAGGUUUGGUCCGCUCUGGAGGCUGCGAAGAAGGAGAUUAGCUGGCUGGUGGAGGAGAAAGAAAAGAGGCAACAGGAGAGCGAUGCACUUCGACAAGAAGUCAGAGAGCUGAACGACAAACUGGAAGCCUCAGAACGACUGGUUACCAUCGAGACAGAGAAAGCUGAACAAGCCUCAGUCCAACUGCAAGCUUCUCAAGCACGACUGGAUGAUCAGUCCAAGGAGAUUCAGGAGAAAUCUUCCCAGAUCCACACCUUGACUGAGGAAGCUGCACGACUGAAACAGGAGCUGCAGACCUCCACGGUAUCAUCUGAUGGUGUCAAUGAUCAGCUCAGACAAGAAGCAUCAGAGCUGAGGAAGUGUCUAACUGACGAAAAAGAGAAAAAUGACAGCCAACAAAGACACAUCCUGGAGCUGGAGAAUCAGCUUUCACAGAUAAAACAGCAGCUGACACAGAAACAGCUGAUCACAGACCAGCAGCUGGAAGAGUUUACUGAGAAACUGAAUCAGAAAGAAGCAGCUUCAAAGCAGCAAGUUGAGGAGCUGACAAAGAAGCUUCAGGAGCAAGAAGAGGCAUCGCAGCAACCACUAGAGGAGCUCAGAUCCCAGCUUGAAAGCCAACAACAGGCUACUAAGGAAGAGGUAGAGCAGCUGAGACUGAAGCUGGAGCAGCAAACUCAGGCCUCAGAGAAGCAGGUAGAGCAGCUCAAUGAGAAGCUACGAGAACAAGCAGUAUUAUCACUACAGCAGCUGGAGGAGGUAAAGCAGAAACUGAGGGAAGAAAAAACGACUUCCGGCAAACACUUGGAUGACCUCAAACAAAAGCUCACUGAGCAGGAGAAAGCUGCAGAGCUGCUCAAGGCCAAACUAGAAAAAGCUGAAUUUAAAGGUCCAACCUCUAACUCUGAGGCUGAAGAAGAUCUCAAGAGGUUGAACUCUGACCUCCAGACUGAGGUUGCAUCCUUGAAGGUAAAGAUUUCCAACAUGGAGGAAACUAAGGAGCGUUCCAGCAAAGCUGCAGCUCAGAUUCCCUCUUCAGAAAUGGAGCAAGUGUUCAAAGAAAAGGACACACAGAUGGAGGAGAAGCUAGCAGAGAUAGAGAAAGCAUCUGCACAGAAAGAGGCAGAGCUGCAGAAACAGCUGCUGGAAAAGGAGGCCGAGGUCACAUCCUUGAAGAAAAAUCUUCAGGAGGCCCAGGAACGACAGGAAGAGGAGGAGUGUCAAGCAGUCCAGGAGGCCCGACGGAGGGAAGUGGAAAGACGGAGGGAGCUGCUGGCUGUGGCCCACGAAGCCAUCACUCAGAAGGACGCAGAGCUGGAGAAGAAAGCCGAAGAGAUCAGCAGACUAAAAGAAGAAGCCAAGCAGGACUCAGAGAAAGUCAAGAGCCUCGGUCUCGACCUUCAGAGGAAAGAGGACGACUCUUCAGACCUCAGAGAGAAACUGGCUGAUUACAAGAAGCAGAUCCAGCAGGUCCAGAAGGAGAUUUCGACCAUGAGAGAAGAGGAGAAAUCUUUGAAGCAGAAGUUGGCUGACUCGGAGAAAUCCAAGAAGCAGCUUCAGUCUGACCUCACCAACAGAGACAGGACAAUCCAGCAACUCAAAGUGGAACAGUCAUCCAACACAAAGUCUGAUGAGACUCACCAGCGCUACCAGAAGGCCUGCAAAGACCUUGAAGCCAAGCAGCGUGUGAUGGAGGACAUGCGUUUGGCUCUGACGGAGCAGGAGGAGACGCAGGAGCAGAUGGAGCAGGUCCUGGAGGAGAAACUAAACCUCAUCCAGGAGCUGUCUGAUGAGCUGGAAAGAUUGAAAGCGUUGCUGCUGAAGCAGGACUGUGGAAGCGAAACACACCCUGUAGUCGACAACCCAUCAGAUGACGUCAAACUGGCUAAAGAGGAAGCUGCUCAAGCUCAGGAAAGCUUGAAGUUAUGUACAGACAAACACCAGGCUGAGCGCAGAAAGUGGCUGGAGGAGAAACUGUCCCUUAUUGGCCAAGCUAAAGAGGCAGAGGACAAGAGGAACCAUGAGAUGAGGAAGUUUGCAGAAGACAGAGAACGCUACACUCGACAGCACAGCCAGCUGGAGUCCCAGCUAACUGAAAAGGACCAAACCAUGGAGAAGUGGAGGAGGGAGAGAGACACUCUGGUGGCAGCUUUGGAGAUCCAGCUGCAGAAGCUUGUUUCCAGCCAAGCAGAGAAAGACAAACUCAUCAAAGAGCUACAGCAAAAUAUCACACAGCCACCACUAGAGAGUUCUGAUGGAGCUGAUGCUGCUUCCAGCCUGGCAGAGCUAAAGGCCGCUCUGUCUGAGAGGGAAGCUGAGAUUCUGCGACUGAAGAAAGAUCUUCAGGCCUCAACAGCCAAACAGGAGGACACAGUUACACCAACUGAAAACAAUGAGAGCCCUGCCACGCUGGUCGGCAAACCUGAGAGUGAAACCAUCAACAGGAAGUCAGGGAGGAGGGAUACGAGAGCGUCGGUCAGCAGUCAGAGUUCGACUGGCUGUCCGUCGGUGCUGGACUCCUCUGAGAUUUCCACAGAAAACGGCAGGACGAGCCGCUUCCCUCGGCCGGAGCUGGAGAUCUCCUUCAGCCCUCUGCAGCCGAACCGCAUGGCUCUGCGGCGACAGGGAGAGGAGAGCGCUGUCACCGUCAAAAUCACCCGCUCUGCACGCAAGAGGAAGAGCAGCGAGAUGGAAAAGUCUCACAUUUUCAGGAGGAGUAAACGCCGAACACACAAGGAAGACGUGGAGGCAGAGAACAGAAGGAACACGAGAACCAAGCUGACGCCAAAGCUGACCCCACACAAGGAGGAGAGUUCUGCCCCAGCGGCUCGUCACAACUCCCAGAGCAGCAUCCGCAGCAGAAAGGAAGGAACGCUGCAGAAGAUCGGAGACUUCCUGCAGAGCUCCCCCACGCUGCUCGGCUCUAAAGCCAAGAAGAUGAUGAGUCUGGUGAGCGGUCGGGUCGAUGCAGAUUCAGCAGCCUCCACUUCCUCCCUCGGCCUGAGAGCCAAAAAGAACAAAAGAAAACUGUACAGACCUGAAAUCUCCUCACCCAUGGACAUGCCCUCCCACCCAAUCAUCAGCAGAGAGCCGGAGGAGAAGGAGAGCGACCACCAGAUCAUUAAGAGGCGUCUUCGCUCCAGGAUGGCUAAAUAAUUCACCUCCACACAACUGUACACCCUUUAUUUGUCUUAAGAAAUGAGGAGAAUAUUCUUCUAUGUCCAAAAACAUAGAAACCAAUUUAAGUAAUCUUAUUUAAUCUGCAGUUCUCAGUAUUUCACUAUUUACAGAGUUUUAGAGUAGAGCACAGACACUAAUAUUCUGCUAGUUAAGUGGCAUUUAAAGGAAUAGUUCAUCAUUUUGUAUUGUGAUGUUCUGCUGAGAGUUAAAUGAGAGAUCAGAGUGAAGCACGGAGCCUUUAAGACUGAAAACUGGAUCAAACAGAUUUGCAGUUACUGUCUGCUUCAACUUUUCAUGCCAAGCUAAUCUAAUAGUCUCCAUCUCCACACCUCACUGACAGAGGUGUCAGUUUGUCAUUUAACUCUGAACAAAUAAGUGUUUUUUUAAUCAAACUUAAAUACCGUUAUCAUUUAAUCAACUCUAUUCCUCAGCUUUUACUUUUCCUGAAAUGCUAUUAUGUCCACAUUUACACCAGAUGACUCCAAAGUCGCUGCAUUUACUCUUAAAUAGGAAGCACUCUACAUUUGUACAUAUUUUCUAAACACUUUAUACCUGAAAUGAUGCAGAUUUUUUCUACUUUAAUGUGCAAUUUCUUAUUCCAAGUCCAUUUGUUGUGAUGGAGUUCGAUUUGAUUAUUGAUAACUGUUUUGUGGUUUCAAUUCUGAAGGAGCUGCUAUUGCAUGGUUGAAAGUGUCUCACAUCACUCUAAGUAACUUUUUCUAGGUAUCAAAAUGCACAGUUUUUCAGAGAUCCACUACACAUUUGAUAGACUGCACUUUAAAUUUAAGUCGAGGAACAAAAAUGUGACUGUAGGCUGAAAGAAAAUCGCUGGUUCUACUGUGUUACUGAAUCUGCUUCACAGUCUUUCUGGUUCUAGUCGACCCUUUGAUGCACAACAUGGGUCACAAUUGGCCCAUAUUCAGUGGAAAAUGGGUAUCUCUUGACCAAUGCUGUGCAUCAAAAGGUUAAAGGUUUUAGCUUCAGCACAACUUUAAAGACCUUGUGCAUACUUAGUUAAUCAUUUUCUGUUCUAGAUGAAGGACUUCUGACUUGUUCUUUUGUAUGGCACAUUAAAAAGUUUGUUUCAUUCCUGAA